AUGCAGUACUCCACCUACAUCGCUAUCCUCGCCACCCUUCUCCGCCUCACGGCUUCUCAGAAGGUCGGAACCUACACUACCGAGACUCACCCGUCGCUCAGCUCCUCAAAGUGCACGAGCAGCGGGUGCACAACCCAGUCCACCAAGGUUGUGCUCGACAGCAACUGGCGUUGGCUCCACACUACCGCGGCAAACCAGUACACCAACUGCUACACUGGUAGCGCCUGGAACACUGCCUUGUGCCCGGACCCAACCACUUGUGCGACCAACUGUGCCCUUGAUGGAGCGGACUACACUGGUGUCUAUGGUAUCGCCUCGACCGGCACCGAGCUCACCCUGAAGUUUGUUACCACGGGGACAAACAAGAACGUCGGAAGUCGUGUAUACCUCAUGGAGAAUGAUACCAAGUAUCAGAUGAUCAACCCUCUCGGUGGAGAGUUUACCUUCGAUGUCGAUGUCAGCAACCUUCCUUGUGGAUUGAACGGUGCUCUCUACUUCUCGGGCAUGGACGCGGACGGUGGUGCAGCAAAGUACCCCAGCAACACUGCUGGUGCCAAGUACGGUACCGGAUACUGCGAUGCCCAGUGCCCCCACGAUAUCAAGUUCAUCAACGGCGAGGCCAACACCCUCGACUGGACCCCCUCUUCGACCGACGCGAACGCUGGAUCCGGUCGUUAUGGAACCUGCUGUGACGAGAUGGACAUCUGGGAAGCCAACAGCAUGGCCACUGCCUACACUCCCCACCCCUGCACAUCCACCGGUCAGACCCGCUGCAGCGGAACCGAGUGCGGUGAUGGUGACAACCGCUACGGCGGUAUCUGUGACAAAGACGGAUGCGAUUUCAACAGCUACCGUAUGGGCAACACCGGCUUCUACGGUAUUGGAAAGACCAUCAACACCAGCCAGAAGUUUACCGUCAUCACCCAGUUCAUCACCUCCGAUGGCACUGCCAAUGGUGACUUGAUCGAGAUCAAGCGCAAGUACAAGCAGAACGGUGUUGUCUACGAAAACAGUGCCAGCACCAUUUCCACCGUCAGCGGAAACAGCAUCACCGACGCCUUCUGUGCGGCCCAGAAGACUGCCUUCGGCGACACCAACGACUUUGCCACCAAGGGUAAGUUGAAGAAGAUGGGUGCUGCCUUCAAGAAUAACGGCGGAAUGGUUCUGAGUAUGAGUAUCUGGGAUGACCAUGCGGCACACAUGCUUUGGCUCGACAGCUCCUACCCUCUGGACAAGUCUUCGUCGACCCCCGGUGUCAAGAGAGGAGAGUGUGCCACCACCACCGGUGUCCCCUCCGAGAUCGAGGCUUCCGCCCCCAACUCGAGCGUCAAGUUCUCCAACAUCAAGUGGGGUGCUUUGAACACCACCUACUAA